AUGGGUGGUCGAACGGGACGGGGAGACCCCGCGUGUCGAUGGGCAACUCUGUUUCUGGUCGUAGCCUUUUUUUGCGAGCCGACUACUUCGUCCUUGUACACCCUCGCCGCGGAGUACAGUGCGGAAGGGUCGUUUUCGUAUGAGGGUGAUUUAUUAGAAGUGAGGUCUACCGAUACGUACAAAGUCAGCUUGAAUGUAGGUGACGUGCUGUCUGUCUGGUGCAAAAAUGCCAAAGGGACGUUUCCAGAAACCUUUCCCCCAGACGUGUGCAUGGCCUUUGGAACGAAUUGCAGAAGCGACAGCACAGUCAGCUUGGCAGCGCUGCUUGCGAGGAACACACAUGCGAUCUCGGGGGAUACGGUUUCCGGUGAUUCACCUCUCACGAUAACCAUACCAGAUCAGAUGAACUUGGCUACAGUAUUCAGCUUCGCCUGCGUUUCCCCGAACCAGGGAUCCCCCAGAAUCCAGUUUGACGUCAGAAUCAAUCCAGGAAACAAGCAUGUGACUAUGUGGGCAGGUACUGAUCCAGGAGCCUAUAAUGGAGCUUCGACCAUGUCUAUAGGCCUGUCUUUCGCCGUUGUUGCCCCAAUUUCGAUAUGGUCCAUUCUCGGGCAUUAG